GUGAACUAACCCAUCAGUCUAUCGCUCGACUUCGACGCGACACAAUCGCUUUCUCGUCUGUGCUCAUUCACCGCAUUGUGCCAUACACCAUAGAGCUAAUGCUCUAACAGAACUUUUGACAGUUAGCUUUUAAAAGUUCAGUAACCAUGUCGACCUUGAGUCAUCACCCAUACGCGUUCUCAAUGCACCCUGGUAUGCUACCGGAAUAUCCAAGUGCACCACAACCACUCCCGGCAUCCUCUCCGCAGUCAGAGGGCCACAUUAAAAGACCGAUGAAUGCUUUCAUGGUCUGGUCUAGACUUCAGAGACGUCAAAUUGCAAAGGAUAAUCCGAAGAUGCACAAUUCAGAGAUUUCAAAGAGACUCGGUGCGGAAUGGAAGUUGUUAACGGAAAUGCAGAAAAGACCAUUCAUAGAUGAAGCUAAGAGAUUGAGAGCAUUACACAUGAAGGAGCAUCCGGACUAUAAGUACAGGCCUCGUAGGAAGCCUAAGCCCCCGACCCCAGGUGGGGCUCCAGGAGCUGGUGCGUUCCCGAGUUUCCCGCUCCCUUAUUUUGCGGGUCCUGCACCGGCUGUUGGACACUUGGACGCUCUAUCGUAUCCUGCAGUGUCACCGUACUUCCCACACCAGUUGGAUCACCUGCAAUUCUCCAAACUGAUGGCGCCGACGGCGGAAAAAUUACCGACGGUAUCGUCGUCCGCCGCUGCCGUUGUAUCAUCAUUCUAUUCUUCGUUGUACACAUCGCCGGCGGCACCACCUAAGCCGUUCUCGUCGCCAUUGUUUCCACAAUACGGCGCAGCACCUUCAUCACCCGUAUCUCCAGUGACACCAACGCAGCACAGUCCCCACGACGACCAGUUAAGACGGCCAGUUUCUGUCAUAUAUUGAAGACCGACAUGCCUUCCUUGAAAGAUCCCAAUCUUUUAAGGUUCGGCACCAGCGGCAGAUGCGGCUUUAGUUAUAAGUGUUACAGACUGUGAAACUAUAAAAUUGUAUGAACAUUAUUUAUUGAUUUUAGAGUUAUAGUUGGAGAUCAUAAAUGGAGUGCGGCUCAUAUCAUGUGCUUGUAAAUAUCGAGAGUUCUAGGCCAUGUAGUGUGGCGAUUAAGUUUAAACUGUGAUUUUUGUUUUCGAUGCAUCAUUAAAUAUUUAAGGUAAAGUAGCGCUGGUUCGUUAGUUAUGUGAAGUGAGAUUGGUACCAAAAAGAGAUUACUUCCCAUAGAUAUCUCUGCAUUAGCUAAAUAGUUAAGGAUUAUAUUGUAAACUGAGAUUUCGUUUAUCAUGUCUCUCGUCUGUUUGUUGAGUUUGAUUUGUUUUGUCGAGUCACGUACCCUUAUGUGGUUCCCUCUCUUUACUUCCUAUUGAUAUGCUGUGUAUUUAUUUAAUGACUUCCAUGUAAUUGUAAUUAUCUGUAAAUUAGUUGUCUACAUUGUAAGUUAUUAGUGCAUCCCCAAUGUAUAUAUUAGUGUUUAAAUAAUCGAUGUCAGUACCAACGAUGUAUUAUAGUAUUUGAGAACAAAGUUUGUUAAUGCCAUAAAAAUAAACAGUAAAUUGU